CUAGCUCACCUUGUCAUGUGAAUGUGAGACUAGACUGCAUACAGUACAGAUCUCCUUGACUCGAUGUGUACCUUUGCUGUGUUGUUGCUUGUGUGUGCCAGUGCGGCUGGUGUGUACGGGCUGGACAAUGGCCUGGGCCGCACUCCUCAGAUGGGCUGGAACUCUUGGAACCACUUCCACUGCAACAUCAACCAAGCGGUUAUCGAGGGAACAGCUGAUGCUCUCAUUGCAACCAAGUUAGCUAGUUUUGGCUACAAGUACGUCAACAUUGAUGAUUGCUGGGCUGCCAGUAGAGACAGCAACAAUAUUGUCCAACCCGACACUAAAGCCUUUCCUGACUUCCAAGGAAUGGUAGACUAUGUCCAUGGCAAAGGUCUCUUGUUUGGCCUGUACAGUGAUGCAGGGGAUAAGACCUGUGCUGGUAGACCUGGGUCCCUGGGUUAUGAGAAGGAAGAUGCAAAUCGUUAUGCUGAAUGGAAAGUUGAUUAUCUCAAGUAUGAUAACUGUCACAGUGCUGGGAGUAAACCUGAGACUAGAUAUCCAAUCAUGAGGGAUUCUCUGAACGCUACAGGCCGGCCCAUAUUCUACUCAAUGUGUGAGUGGGGAGUUGACAACCCUGCAACCUGGGCAGGAGACGUUGGGAACAGUUGGAGGACCACUCCAGACAUUAAAGACAACUGGGCCAGCAUGAUCAGCCGUGCAGACCUCAACAAUGAAUGGGCUACCUAUGCUGGGCCUGGUGGAUGGAAUGACCCAGACAUGCUCGAGGUGGGCAAUGGUGGAAUGACUGGGCCCGAGUAUCAAUCCCACUUCAGUCUCUGGUGUCUCAUGAAAAGCCCUCUUCUGAUUGGCUGUGAUAUUCGAAAUAUGUCGAAAGAUACUCUCGAUAUUCUUACCAACAGUGAAGUGAUUGCAGUGAACCAAGACCCUCUUGGUAUUCAAGGCAAGAAGGUGAUGGUCAAUGGAACCUCUGAAGUGUGGGCUGGAAAGUUACAGCCUAUAGCUCCAAGCAAGUCAUCAUUUGCUGUUAUAUUGUUCAAUCGUGGCCUGUCCUCUGUGACCAUUACUGGGGAGUGGAGUGCUAUUGGACUAGACGCCAGCCUCUCCUGUGAUGUCAAGGAUCUCUGGACACACAAAGAUAUGGGGAAAAUGAGUGGAUCUGUUUCAGCGAUUGUACCAAGUCAUGGCGUUGUCAUGUACAGGCUCAACUGUUAGAAAACAACUGCCCAAACUAUACAUGUCUAGAUAGAAAGUUUAGAAAGUUUUUUUGCUGCAAACAGCAACGUUGUUUUUAUA